AGCAAUCUUCACACUCACCCACACUGAAAACCUUCAUAUAUACCAAGAAAUUGUUGUGUCUUUUACAAUUAUCAUCAUGGCCGCACUUAAGAUGGUUAGCUUUCUUGUUCUAUGCAUGUUGGUGGCAGCUCCAAUGACUGCACAAGCUAUAACAUGUGGUCAAGUACAAAGCGCUCUCGUCCCAUGUCUUAGUUACCUCAAGACUACGGGGCCAACCCCUCCGGCAACAUGCUGUAAUGGGGUGAGGACCAUCAACAACGCUGCUAAAACCACCGCUGACCGCCGAACUGCUUGUCAGUGCUUGAAAUCAGCUGCUGGCAGCGUCAAGGGGCUUAACCCCACCACCGUAGCGGGUCUCCCUGGUAAAUGCGGAGUUAACAUUCCUUACAAGAUCAGCCUGUCCACAAACUGUGCCACCGUCAAGUGAGGUGCAUAGAGCGGGAUUUUGGGUCCAGAGAUGGUAUAGUUUGGGAAGAAUAAUAAUAAAGGCUCAUCAGCUGUGUGUAGUUCAGUUGAGAACGAGUCUCUGUCUCCACUUUAGCGAGGCUCCUUCUUCUUACCUAGUGUAAUUUUUUCAGUUUAGUCUCUUUUGUGUGGCUGUCUUUGGGCCCUUUCUGCCUCCUGUGUCAUAGAUGAGAUCCAUAUAAGUCUAUCUUUUUAUAUAUAUAUAUAAUAUAUAUACAUGCUACUUUAUUCUA